AUGCCGUUUGAAAUUGUGGGUUUCGGAUUGCUUUUCGUGAUUUUGACCGGGAUACUCCCAUACAACACCUGUACAGAAGACUUGAUAACUGAACCCCUAGAACCUGUCCUGCCUGAGUCUUCGUUGCUGAAGCCCAAAGUAUUGAUCAGUAUCCUUGCGCGCAAUGCGGAGCACAGUCUUCCCUACUUUUUGGGGUGCAUCGACAGGCUGGAGUAUCCUAAGGAUCGUAUCGCCAUCUGGUAAAACACGUGCAAUUUAAUAUUUUGUUCCACAUUGUUUCUUACUUUUAGAUAUUUAACCUUUUGAAAACCCUUUAAAUUAUUUAUCAUAUCUAUGGCUAGCUCAUUAAGUGAUGUAAACUAAAGCAGUCACAUAUUGUCACAUUGGUGCCCAUCAGUUCCAGAAGACACCAGAUUUUAAUUUUGAACUGAAAAAUUCCUCAGUUCCACUAAGGAUGUUACUGAGCUGGAGUUCGAUAGAUUAUUUAUUACCCAGCCCUAUAGGCUAAUGGUAACUGCAUUUUACCAUAAUAAAUUAAUAAAAUAUGUAUCAAUCCCUGAAUGGAGGGCACUUUCAUUUGGGCAAAACCUAUUCAAAACCAGUUGCUGUCAGUGGAUUAAGUGACCUGAGUUCUACCUCUCUACCGAAAUAUUCAGAGAUGUGAGAAGAGCAAAUAGUGGUCUUGGAGCAGAGAGAGAGGGUGAGAUGUGAGGUGGAGUGGCACAGCACUGUGAAUGACAGCGACCAGGCAGAGAGAGAGAAUAAGAGAAUAAAGAAGUAUAUGCUGAUGUAAUACAGUCAGGUUUUAUCUACAUGCUAUGUAGAAGUCUGGUGUCCUGGACACAGAGAAUCUCUGUUCGUCAUGCUUAAAUCUAGGUUUAAUCUGUGUCCGGGAAACCGGCCCAAGGCUCAUGUGGGAAUCAAACUUAAAACCAUGGUGUGGAAAGCACCAUGCUCCAACCAACUGAGCUAUCUGAUCCAGCCAGUUGCUCUAGUGGGCUGAUGCUCUAGCCACUUUGUUACAGUGCUGCUGCAGACCACAGUGUGGACAACACCACAGCCAUGCUGCAGGAGUGGAUCAGAGGGGUGCAGAGCCAGUACCACUCUGUGAAGUGGACACCCGUGGAGGAACCAAGGUGAGCACACUCUGAAAUACAUGCUUCCAUUUUCUCCACAUUCACUUUACAUGUUUUCUUCUCAGACGACCACCCUUUCCCUGUAAAGAUGGGGUCCAUAGCUAUCAAGGACCCAUAUUGUGCACUCUUGUCAUUCAAUAUCUAUGUCAACAAAAGUCAAGAAUAAAGGCCUCUCCACUCAUCUCUCUCCUUCCAUCUCCCCCUCUCCCCUAGCUCGCAUGUGGGUGAGUUGGGGCCGAAGCACUGGCCUAACUCUCGGUUCACCCACGUGAUGAAGCUAAAACAGGCUGCUCUCAGAUCAGCCAGGGCUCUCUGGGCUGACUACAUACUGGUGAGGUCACCCACAACUCAACCCAGUGGGAUAACAACACUCAGUAGGAGGUGGUAUUAGGUGCAGAGGCGUCAAAUUCUGAGAUGGCAAACUGUUUUGUUUAGGCACUGUUUACUGUUACAGUAACGACACCUUCAUUUUCUUCACAAGCUGUAACUGGACGAAAGUACCACAAAUAGCCGAAUGUGAAUUCACCUCACUUCACUUGAGCCAGCCCCCAGAACUACAGAAUUUCCACUGAGAUGAUUUCUUCUUCACCCAGUUUGUGGACACUGACAACUUGCUGACCAACCGGCGGGUGCUGACUGAGAUGAUGGCAGAGAAUCUAACGGUGGUAGCGCCCAUGUUGGAGUCCCGCGUCCUCUACUCCAACUUCUGGUGUGGCGUGACCCCACAGGUACACCCUUCCUUCAUUUCUAUUUAUUUCACACAUUGUGAAACUUCUCCAACUUUAUUUGGCCCACAACUGGCCCCCUUCUCAGAAGACAACUUUAUUGUUUAGUUCCCAUCCGAAUGUUUAUUCAAUCUGAAGCAUUGCACUUGUCUGUCUGCUUGUCUGUCUGUCUGCCAAGCUUGUCUGUCUGUCUGUCUGUCUGUCUGCCAAGCUUGUCUGUCUGUCUGCCAUGCCAAGCUUGUCUGCCUGUCUGUCUGCCUGUCUGUCUGUUUGUCUGCCAAGCUUGUCUGUCUGUCUGUCUGCCAAGCUUGUCUGUCUGUCCUUCUGUCUGUCUGCCAAGCUUGUCUGUCUGUCUGUCUGCCAUGCCAUGCUUGUCUGCCUGUCUGUCUGCCUGUCUGUCAAGCUUGUCUGUCUGUCUGCCAUGCCAAGCUUGUUUGUCUGUCUGCCUGUCUGUCAAGCUUGUCUGUCUGUCUGCCUGUCUGCCAAGCUCAUCUCUCUGUCUGUCUGCCAAGCUUGUCAGUCUGUCUUCCUGUCUGCCAAGUUUGUCUGUCUGGCUGCCUGGCUCUGUCAGUGUCAUGGUGAAAAGGGUUUUGGUAGGGGCAGGGAAACAGAUGGAGCCAUUCCUCUGUGAUGAUUUGCCUUCUGCCAUCUUGUUGCUUCGCACCACCACUCCCCUAGCCACUUUCCCUUAGUGAUAUAUGACCGUAUGAUUGGCCCUUCUGUUCUUUCCCAUUUUUUUCUUCUGGUUUGUCUGCCACUUCAGUGUCAUUUGCAUUCACAUUUUUCUAUGGCAUUGAUAGUCAAUUCAAUUAGCAUUCACAUUUUUCUAUGGCAUUGAUAGUCAAUUCAAUUAGCAUUCACAUUUUUCUAUGGCAUUGAUAGUCAAUUCAAUUAGCAUUCACAGUUUUCUAUGGCAUUGACAGUCAAUUUAAUUAGCGAGUGUGUCUUUAUUAGAUAUAGGCCAGUUUAUUAGGUACACCACCCUGUUCAUGAAAAUUGAUCGCUCCUACAGACAGUGAGUCACGUGGCCUUGGCUUGCUAUAUAAAGCAGGCAGAAAGGCAUCGAGGCAUUCAGAGACUGUUUGGUUGAACGUUAGAAUGGGCAAAAUGAGUGACCUAAGUGACUUUGAGCGUGGUAUGAUCGUUGGAGCCAGGCUAGCCAGUUCCAGUAUCUCAGAAACGGCCGGCCUCCUGGACUUUUCACGCACGACAGUGUCUAGGGUUUACCGAGAAUGGUGCGAAAAACAAAAAACAUCCAGUCAGUGGCAGUCCUGUGGGCAAAAACAGCUCGUUGAUGAGAGGUCGAAGGAGAAUGGCAAGAAUCCUGCCUGGUGUCAACGGUACAGGCUGGUGGCAGUGGUGUAAUGGUGUGGGAAAUGUUUUCCUGCCACACGUUAGGUCCUUUGAUACCAAUUAAGCAAUGUUUCUGACCCGCUACUAGAUGGGCAUACCUAAUAAACUGGCCACAGAGUGUAGAUGUCAAGAAUCUUUGUAACCCAUGAUGAUUUAUACAAUUAAUGCUUAUUAAAUGUGUUUUCUUUUGUUCAUUAAUUGUAUUAUACCAUCUUGCUUUUGUGUUCGCUCACCAUUGUAUUUGAAGACUUAAAUAAUUCAAGUCUUCCACCGCCACCAGCUGUCCCUGGGGACUCUAUUUAAGUUACCCUGAUCCACUGUGUCUCUCCCUGCCCUCUUAGGGUUACUACAAGCGCACCCCUGAGUACAUCCCCAUCAGGAACUGGAAACGCCAGGGCUGCUUUGCUGUUCCCAUGGUGCACUCUACCUUCCUGGUGGACCUGAGGCGGAGCGCCACCCGGGCGCUGGUCUUCCAUCCUCCACACCACGAUUACACCUUCCCCCUGGAUGACAUCAUGGUCUUCGCCUUCUCUGCACGGCGGGCAGGUCAGACAUAGAGUCAUAAUGAAUUGUGUUUAAAUGCGCAGUUUCCUUACUGUGUAUUGAAUGGGUGUCAGAUCUGGGUUCAAAUAGUAUUUGUUUUCUUUCAAAUACUUUAGUUGCGCUUGAUUGAGCUUGCCUGGCGCAAUGGAACCAGUGGAAUAGCCAGGCUAUGUGGCACUCCAGGCAGGUUCAAUCAAACACUCAAUUAUUAUUUAUAUGUAUUAUGUUUUAUGUGUCUAAUGUUAAACCUGUGACUCCAUACAGAUGUGCAGAUGUACAUAUGUAACAGAGAGCAUUAUGGGUAUCUGCCACUGCCCCUGAAGCAAGAGCAGAGUCUGGAGGAGGAGGUGGAGAGCUUUAGUCACACCAUGACUGAGGCUCUGAGUGAGUACUCUGAUGCACACACACACACCCACACACACCUACCUACAAACACACACACCCACACACACCUACAAACACACACACCCACACACCUACAAACACACACACCCACACACACCUACAAACACACACCACACACACACACACACACACACACCCACACACACCUACCUACAAACACACACCCCCACACACACACACACACACACACCCACGCACACCUACCUACAAACACACACACCCACACACCCACCCACACACACCCACACACACCUACAAACACACACACACCCACACCCCCACACCCACAUACACACACCCACACACACCCACACACACCCACACCUACAAACACACACACACACCCACACACCCACACCCACAUACAAACACACCCACCCACACCCACACACCCACACACCCACCCACACCAACACACCCACACACCCUUGACUUUCUUUCCUGCUGUUCCCUCUCCUACAGACCAGUCUCUGUGAUGCCGUUAGACUUUCACUUUCACAGCCUUGUCAGAAUUCUCACUUCUCCGUGAUAGCUCACUCGCUAUCUCUUUCGCUCCUCCAUCACUCCCUCUCUCUUUAGAGUAUCCCCAAACUGGUCAUUAAUGACUGAGGAAUUCCCUUACAAAUCAUAGAUGGCAAAUGUCUUAACACAGUGUGAUCUGCUUUUAUCUUUUAUCUAGUAAUAAGAGUCUAAUACAGGUAUUUGUCUUCAGUCGAUUACCUCAUGAAGCCGUCCAAAUACAUGCACCAUACACCUAAACCUCUGGAAAAGAUGGGAUUUGAUGAGGUACUGAGAAUGCACUUACAGUAAAUCUACAGUAUAUCUACAGUAUAUCUUUAGUCAUCCACUGUCAUUGUUUGAAAGAAAUCACAGAUUUCAUACAAAUCAUGAGAAAGUUGAUAAUGGAUGGAAUAGUCUGAUUUUAGUAACUUGUUCUCCCCACCUUCAUUCUAGAUCUUUCUGAUUAAUCUGAAGCAUCGCAUUGACCGGCGGGAUCGAAUGCUGAGCACCCUUUCCGUUCUGGGAAUCGAUAUCACACUGACAGAGGCGGUGGAUGGCAAGUACGACACAACAAUCCAAAAGCACUUUACAUAACGUCUGCACCUGUUAUUUCAGAAGGGUAUAAAAUACAAUGCCUGUUAUCCAAACUGAAUCCUCACUCCACUCCACUAUUGUUCCACUUAGUGAGCAUGGAUUCAUCAAACAUGAAACUUCUAUAUAUUAUCUGUAUCUUAAUUUUCCUUUGAUAUUUUGUUCUACCGUUCUGAAUUUAGUCCGAAAAAGAACAGGUUCCAACACUGCACAGGUGCAAACUUGUAGUUAAUCUAGCCCUAAGCACCUGGGCUGGGGUUGAACAUUUAAUUAUGUUUUAUUCAUCUUUUCUUUUCUUCUCUUUUCUUCAGAGCCCUGAACUCCUCCCAGCUGCAAGCGAUGGGCAUAGACAUGUUGCCUGGGUACAAAGACCCGUAUUCGGGGCGCGUACUGACGCGAGGGGAGAUCGGCUGCUUCCUCAGUCACUACAACAUCUGGAAACAGGUGCACAUCUAGUCUAUACAUGAAAAUCGAUUCUAUACACCUGCAAAACGUUGCAUAAAAAUCCUAAUAAAUCUUGAUAGCUGCCACUUUUAUUGAUAAUGGUAUAUCCUUUCCUGCAGUCAAAUGACCAAAUCGCCCUCUAGUGGCCUCAUGGGUGGAAUGUUAGUAAUAUUUUUCAUAAUUUCAUAAUUAAUAAAAGUUUUUAUUUUUUGGACGAAAAUCCAGUGUUUUUAUGUGAAACGGUUUUGUUGCAUUUAAGUCUUCUUUGAUGUAUAUAAAGUUUAAUAUUGGGAUAUAAACUGAAAACUUAAUACAUUACAACUCUAUAUCUGACAUGGUACAUGUGUCUUCUUCUUUUAAAGCCCAUAACCAUGUGUGUGAGGUGUAUACUUUUGUUUCAAAGUAGAUUUGUUUAAGACUACCAAAAAUCACUCUGUGUGACCCUGAUUUAGCCCACUGCCGUAAAAGGUUAACGAUCUGUAACAGUGCUCAAACUAUUUUACUACAACUAGUUUGUUGCUUGAUAGAUGUAAAGAUAGAAGAUAGAAGGCAAUGUCAUUUGUUUUAAUGUAUCAAGUAUUUGGAGAUUCAAACCCUGGCUCCCCCUAGGUGGUGGAACAGGGACUGCAGCUUGUGCUGGUGCUGGAGGACGAUGUGAGGUUUGAGCCACGGUUCCGCAGCAGACUGGUGACCAUCAUGGAGAACGUGGACCGAGUGGGACUGGACUGGGAUCUGAUGUGAGGGCUGAUUGGCUGCACACACACACACACUUGAACAUAGGCAGGCAGGCAGGCAGGCAGGCUGGUAGACAGACAGACAGACAGACAGACAGACAGACAGACAGACAGACAGACAGACAGACAGACAGACAGACAGACAGACAGACAGACAGACAGACAGACAGACAGACAGACAGGAUGCCAACGUGUGUCUGAUCUUAGGAUGCAGCUUAAUAGUCUAAAAUAGCUUAUUUUUCUAGGAAUGCUUUAUAAAACGAACGGAAAGAGGUUGAUGUUUCUCUCUCCUUCUCCCUCUCUCUCUCAGCUACGUGGGGCGUAAACGGCUGCAGGUGAAGCAGCCGGAGCGCUGGGUGGAGGGGGUCAGUAACCUGGUACACCCUGACUAUUCCUACUGGACCCUGGGUUACGCCCUCUCCCUGCAGGGGGCCAAGAGGCUCCUGGGAGCCCGGCCCCUGGGCAAGAUGCUACCUGUGGAUGAGUACCUGCCUGUCAUGUUCAACAAGCACCCAAGGUGAGUUCCAAUGGUCAAAGUGAAUUUGCAUACAGGCUUUUGCUCUUUUAACUGCAGUGUCCACUCUCUCACGCUAUCUCUCUCCCGCAAGCACCUUAUUUAGCAAGCACAUGCUUGUUGAGUGACAUUUGUCCCUGCAAACCCAGUGUUUGCUGAUCUGAAGAGACCAGGUAGCGACCAAAACAGUGCAAACAAUAUGGUGAUGGUUCCAGGCAGAUCUAAGGGAAGGGGUUGUUUUCAGACCGGGCAUGUGUUGUUGUUUCUUAACUCUCCUCAACUCUCCUUGCCCUCAGGGAGGAGUACAUGGCCCAGUUUGAGCAGAGGGACCUGCUGGCGUUCUCUGUGGAGCCGCUGCUCCUCUUCCCCACCCACUAUACUGGCGAGCCGGGCUACUUCAGCGACACAGAGACCUCCACCAUCUGGGACGAUGAGGCCACAACCACCGACUGGGACCGGCAGAACACCCAGCGAAGCAGCAAGCAGGACGGCCAGGGACGGCCUAUGCCCCCAGGCAUCGUCAAGGAAGGAGGAGGCGUGCCCCCACCCUCGUCUGCCAGCAAACAAAGAGAUGAACUCUGA